CAACCCCGCUGCGGUCCCGCGCGCCUCCCGCCUUCCCCUCCCCCCUCCACCACACUCGAGUCCCCUCCGGGCCUUCUGUCCCUGGUCGAUCGGGUUCGCCGCGCCACCGCCCGCCGCCGCCGUCGUCGGGAGUCAAGAGGUUGGCAUGAAUUAAUAGAAGGCCCUCAGUGACAAUUUACUGAAUAAGUGAAUUAUGGAAGAGUCCCAGUUGCUCUCCUCUUCGCGUGUGAAGUUUCCCGUUUUCAUUUGAAUUGUCUUUAAGAGGAGAAUAAAGACCAUCCUAUGUGAACAUUGUGUACAAUACGUAGCUAUCUAAUCUGUUGAUCUCUUAAAUCCGGAGGCAUGGGUUAAAAAUAAUAAAAUGUAUGUUCUUGAAAUGCUAUGCAUUUUGUGUAUCUCGUUUAUUUUUCUAGGUCUCCAUUUGGGGAGGGAGGAAAGAGGAUACAGAAUGUGCUGUUAGCUUCCCACCACAGGGAGAACAAAAUGACGUCUUUGUUAUUUCAGUUUUUUUUUUUUUUUUUGAAGUACUGCUUUGUAGAAGAGAUUGUAUGUUUCCUGGUCAUUAUUUCAUUUUUUAAAAAUGAAAGAUGAAUGGGAGGGCUGAUUUUCGAGAGCCAAAUGCGGAAGUUCCAAGACCAAUUCCCCACAUAGGGGCUGAUUACAUUCCAACGGAGGAAGAAAGAAGAGUCUUUGCAGAGUGCAAUGAUGAAAGCUUCUGGUUCAGAUCUGUACCUUUGGCUGCAACAAGUAUGUUGAUUACUCAAGGAUUGAUUAGUAAAGGAAUCCUUUCAAGUCAUCCCAAAUAUGGUUCCAUUCCUAAACUUAUAUUUGCUUGCAUCAUGGGAUACUUUGCUGGAAAGCUUUCUUAUGUGAAAACUUGCCAGGAGAAGUUCAAGAAUCUUGAGAAUUCCCCUCUCGGAGAAGCUUUACGAUCAGGACAGGCACGACGAUCUUCACCAACUGGGCACUAUUCUCAGAGGUCAAAAUAUGACUCAAAUGUGAGUGGUCAUUCAUCUUUUGCAACAUCUCCAGCAGCAGACAACUUAGAAAAAGAGAUGCUUCCUCAUUAUGAGCCAAUUCCGUUCAGUGCUUCUUUGAAUGAAUCUACUCCAACUGGUAUUACUGAUCAUAUUGCCCAAGGACCUGAGCCCAACAUUGAAGAAAGUCCUAAAAGAAAAAAUAUUACAUAUGAGGAAUUAAGGAAUAAGAACAGAGAGUCAUAUGAAGUUACUUUAACACAUAAGACUGACCCCUCAGUCAGGCCUAUGCAGGAAAGAAUGCCAAAAAAAGAAGUCAAAGUAAACAAAUAUGGAGAUACUUGGGAUGAGUGAAAAAUUGCAUCAUUGGACCUACUGAAGGAGUUUCAGUAUCCAGCUUCAUCUAGGUGGUCAUGAACAUCUGCAUGCUUUGAGCUCAGCAGCAGUCUUCAUAAACACAUUUAAAACUAGAACCUGGGUUUUUGUGGUUUGGCUUAUUAAGAUGAUGUUUUAAAAACUCAGACUUUAAUGUUAAUAUUGUGUGAAUGUAGUCAUUUGGGGAACUCUGAAUGAUGGUAUUAUACCAUGAUUAUACAUAGUUUGUGAAAUUGUUUUAAGUUACAGGGCAAGGACACUCUGUUAUAAAACUUUCGAGAGAAUGUAAUGCUCUGCAAUCACUGCAUCUGGAAAUAAAUGAUGCCUGCAUGUUCAAUUGGGGUGGGGGGGAGCAAGCAUAAUUUUAAGUGUUAAACUUUACAUCAAAAUUACUUAAACGCCUUUCUCCAGUGUUUGCUGUAUCCUCUUAGUGUUUAUGGUAAAUAAAAUAUACAGGAACGUGUA